AUGAGCGCGCCUCAGCCGAACGAAGCUGAGAAGAACAUUGAAAUAUGGAAGGUGAAGAAGCUUAUCAAGCGGCUUGAAGCCGCUAGGGGAAAUGGAACUUCGAUGAUUUCUCUUAUCAUUCCCCCCAAAGAUCAAGUCUCACGAGCGGCAAAGAUGUUAGCUGAAGAAUUUGGUACGGCUUCUAAUAUCAAAUCUCGCGUCAACCGUCUCUCCGUUCUUUCAGCCAUCACUUCUACUCAGCAACGUCUUAAGCUGUACAACAAGGUUCCUCCAAACGGCCUAGUGAUCUACUGUGGUGAAAUCAUCACGUCAGAAGGCAAAGAACGAAAGAUCAACAUUGAUUUCGAGCCAUUCAAACCCAUCAAUACCUCGCUCUAUCUUUGUGACAACAAGUUCCAUACAGAAGCUUUGAGUGAGCUCCUCGAGUCAGAUCAGAAGUUCGGCUUCAUUGUCAUGGAUGGAAACGGCGCCCUCUUCGGCACCCUGAGUGGCAAUACUCGAGAAGUCAUUCAGAAGCUAAGCGUUGACUUACCCAAGAAACACGGUCGUGGUGGCCAGUCUGCGUUGCGUUUUGCCCGUCUGCGUGAGGAAAAACGUCAUAACUAUGUGCGCAAGAUUGCCGAACUGGCUGUCCAAAACUUCAUUACGAACGACAAAGUGAACGUUGCGGGCCUGAUUUUAGCAGGUUCUGCUGAUUUCAAGAAUGACCUCAACCAGUCAGAUAUGUUCGAUCAGCGUCUGCAAGCCAAAGUCAUCAAAGUCGUGGAUGUCUCUUACGGCGGAGAAAAUGGGUUCAACCAAGCUAUCGAACUCUCCUCGGAGACUCUGAGCAAUGUCAAGUUUGUUCAAGAGAAAAAGCUGAUUGGCCAGUACUUCCAGGAAAUCAGCCAAGAUACUGGAAAGGUCUGCUAUGGUAUUGAUGACACUUUGAAGGCUUUGGAACUCGGUGCCGCGGAGACUCUCAUCGUUUAUGAGAACCUCGACGUGACCCGAUAUGUUCUCAAGGCGUCAACUGGCUCCGAAGUCAUUGUCCAUGCCACCAAAGCUCAAGAAGAGAACCGAGCGUUGUUUACCGACAAAGACACUGGCACUGAGAUGGAAGUUGUUGAGCAGACUUCUUUCCUCGAGUGGCUUGCCGAGAACUACAAAGAUUUUGGUGCUACGUUGGAGUUUGUUUCAGAUAAAUCUAGCGAAGGAAACCAGUUUGUGAAGGGUUUUGGUGGGAUUGGAGCACUCUUGCGGUACAAGGUCAACUUUGAACAGCUUGCUGACCUUGAUGACGAGGAUGAAUUCUACGACGGUACGUCUCGAAUUCUGAAAUAUCUUGUCAUGUAUGCUAACGCAGGCCAUCUGUGCAGAUUGACGGUUCUGCGGCCUCGCAGAGAGCGAGGAUGA